UCUCUUCUCAGCACCACAUUGGCAACUGGCACCGACAAACCCAAUUUACCCAAAACCGGUUCUUUUCUUACCACAUCUUGUCGUCCCACCAUGUCGUCGAUCUCCGAAGCCACCACUGAAACUGAGCCCAACGACCUCACCCCGACACCCAAAGACCUCGUCCCGACGCCCAAAGAACUGUUGCAACGCAUCAACGGUCUGACUCCUCGCAAAGAAGACAUCGACGAGGCGUCCCGGCUCGCUCCUCAAGGCACGGUACUGUACUGCGAUCGGUACGAUGCGCCCCGCAUUUUCAAGUACAUCCCCACAUUUCCUGGGCUCCCAAGCGACAUCCUCAUUGGAGGCGAUUAUGUCUAUUUCUACGGGUUUGCUACGACUCAGGAAACCCUCCAGAGCAUCUUUUUCAAGCAUAGUCAUAUGGUUGGACGGUGUACCAGCUCUUCACUAUUGAUCCACGCUGCUCUCGGACUCCAUAUCCUCCAAAGGAAACUUGUUCGUUAUGAGGACACGCACUUUGUCAAUGGCGAAGUCGAUGAUCUAGCCAUGCAGGAACCCGGUUUGAUCGUAGACAUCGAUGGGAAAAAGAUGCUGAGGAUAGUUGCGGUGGCUUGCACCCAGAACAUGAAGUUUUUCUACAGGCGGCCUUCGCUGAAGCAAAUGCGAUUAUUCCAGAAGCAUUUAGGAUGCGAACCCAGGUGGUUCAAGGAUGUUGUUCCCAGUAGUGAGUUUUAUGGGUGGAGUGAGGAGUAUUCCGGUGGGAGCCUCCAUGUGAGGACUAUCUUCGCUCGGAUGCAUAUAGUGUCUUAUACGUCGAUGUUUUUACUUGCCCCUCGAGAAUCUUAA